AAAGGAGCGAACGGCCAGUUGAACCAGUGAAAUCUCUGAAAAGAUAACCGUAGGAUGCAGGUCGGCGCCCGCGCGCGAACGUCGUCGGGGUCUCGCCGUCGGCCCUUUUCCCCCCUUUGGGCACUUUCGACGGUCGCGUGACACGCUGACAUAAAGCGGCUCGUCACUACGUUGCCGCCGUCCGGGUCGGGAUGACCGGAGUGUCAGUAUCGAUUUACCUGGUUGCUGGUUAUGCCGCGUCGCACGAAGCAUUUCCGGCCGGAGGAGCGCCACGGGAGGAUCCGACGAUGAAGAUGCGCGCGGAUAAGAUGUAGUGUCGGAGAUACUGUCGAAGGAUGCGCAGCUUCCAACAGCUUUCACUCGGCACGUUCAUAUUCGCGAUGUGUUGUAUCACCUACGGAACAAAUGAUACGACAGCCGACGAAAGUCCCAUAGAGCCAACGAUUCCCGCAGAAAUGAAAAUAACGUCUUGGAACGACAUGCCGUUUUCCGGAUUAGUGAAGGAGAACGGAAAGUGGGUGGGAAAAGGCUACGCGUUUUACUUGCUCGAGCUGCUCAGCUCGAAAUUAAAUUUCACAUACACGAUCGUGCCGCCUAAGCAGCACGUGCUGGGCAACAGCCGAAACGGAAUAUUAAGUAUGCUUUACGAGAAGAAGGUGGACAUGGCGGUGGCCUUCCUGCCUAUCUUGCCGGAGUUGCGCAAGUAUUGCACAUUCAGUACAACCCUGGAGCAAGGCGAGCUGACGGUAUUGAUGAAGAGACCGCAAGAAUCGGCGACCGGUUCGGGACUGCUCGCGCCGUUCGAUCAAACCGUUUGGUUGUUGGUGCUGGCCGCGGUGGUCACCGUAGGACCCAUAAUCUACAUUUUCGCCACGUUCAGGGCGAAGUUGUGGAACGAGCCCGACUCCGAGAACUACACCUUCUUCGCCUGCGUAUGGUUCGUGUACGGUUCCUUAUUGAAACAGGGGACGAAUAUAAUCGCGACGACAGACUCAACACGGAUCCUGUUCGCCACGUGGUGGAUAUUUAUUUUGAUACUGACGUCUUUCUACACGGCGAAUCUCACGGCGUUUCUCACGAGGCCGCAGUUUACCCUGCCGAUCAACAGCGUGCAGGAUAUAGUGCACAAAGGUUACCAGUGGGUCACUUAUAAAGGGCGCACGCUCGACUUCUUGCUUUCUCAAUUCAACGACACGGGGGAGCUAAGUUCCUUAAACAUCACGAGGUGGAAGGGCCAUUACGUCACGUCGUACGAGUAUCCGGUUAAGGCUAUUUUCAACGCCGUGGAGAGAAACAAACUGUUCAUCGGGGAGACCCACUACCUCCAGAGUCUGGUAUUCGAGGAUUACAUCAACAAGACCCGCCAGCACCUGAAGCACAAGAAGAGAUGCACAUACGUUAUUAUGCCCAACGCGAUUCUCGUGACCAACAAGGCGUUCGCCUUCCCCCUGAACUCUACCCUGGAGAAUCCGAUUAAUAAGGAACUGAUGACCUUUGUGGAGUCCGGUAUAAUAAAGCGCGAGAAACUGAAGAAUCUGCCAAUCGCGCAGAUAUGCCCUCUGGAUCUACGGUCCACCGAGAGACGAUUGUCGUUCACCGAUCUGUCCCUGACGUUCGAAGUGGUCGUGGGCGGAUAUAUAAUCGCGAUAGCGGUCUUCGCCCUCGAGGUAGCGGUGAAAUGGGCGGUCAACUCUCACAAGCGACGACAGAAGACCGGCAAACGGAACGAUCGCGCGUUCUGCUGCAAAUGGAAACAUACGCCGGACUCCGUGACCCCGCGACUGGUGUACACCGCCAAGAAUCAGCUGUUCUACAAACGGGUCGAUCUGAAGAAGAUAAAUACGCGGCCGCCGCAUCCGAACGUCCAAUACGACAUCGCCCCGGGAAAGAAGCACAGCAUUAACGGGCGCGAUUAUUACAUCGUGCUGGAUCGUUACGGCGAUCAGAGAUUAAUACCCAUUCGCACGCCGUCCGCGUUUCUGUUUCAAUACACGGCGUAGCGAAGGGAGGGUUUACACGUCCGGCGAACCGGCAACAAAUGAUCGGUUUCAACAAUUUCCUAUAAAUUGUACACAAAGGGCCGGUUUCGCCAAACGCUUAACUUUCAUUUUAGAAUUCAUGUAGAAUUUUAGAACAAGCAUAAUCGUAGUCACGGACCUAAAUCCAUCGCAGCAUCAGUUCGUUGUCCCUCCGAUCUUUUCCGUAAUACAGAUACAAUCUUAUUUUAAGGAAAGCGGGAUGACAAGCUCGGAAAAUGAAUGGAAAUGCACAAUCUCGUUCAUAAUAGUAGUUCCAUUUUCAUUAUUUCAUAACGAAUGAAGCUAGGCUCAAAGUUAAGCGAUGUUGGUGAAACCGGAUAUGCGCCGUAAUUCGUAUGUACGCCGUUGUCAUGCAGUCAAUUAUUGACACGUAAUAUAAUAUAAUUUAUGAAAUGUACUUUCCAACUUGUAUGAAAUUCCGUGAUAAAGCUUUUGCAAGGA